AUAAAAAAAGGUCCACACAGCAUUCAUCCAUGUCUUCGUCAAGACAAGAUGGGACCAGAAACAUAUAUAGAAACUCAGAGGGCUAAGGAUGAUUACUAUGGGAGCAUGGAUAAUGUGUAUAUAUAUAGUUCGAGUCUGGAAAAUUCGGCAGAAAAAAUGCAGCCAAAAGUGCCAAAACCAGAUAAAAAGCCAAAGAAUUACGCAGGGCAGUCAAAAUUGCAGGCAAAAACUACUGCAAGAUCACAAGAGAGUAAGACUUCAUUUAACGAAAUAAAUGCCUCAAUCAAGUUGAUGGAUUUGCCUAAUCGGAGUAUUCAUGAUCACGCGUGUUCGAUCCCUCACCUAAUGUUUUCGCUGAAAUAA